AUGACGCCCACCGGUGCCCUGGCCCUGCUGGCUGCCGCGCUGCUGCUGACGGCGGGCGGACGCUGUGACGUCUGUCCGUCCGUGCGGGAGGACGUGCGGCUGUUCGUCCACGGGAGCCGCGACGCGUACCUGAGCAAGGUGGCCGAGUACCGGGGCGAGCGCCCCUUCGUGCGCAACGCGGGGAGGCUCAAGGCGUGCGUGGACGCCAAGCUCUCCGCCCGGGACAAGGAGCUGGUGGACAGCGGGCUGCCCCUCUCAGAUGCACAAAUUGAGACCACGUGUGCACUCUCUCUCUUUGCCCCUCCAUAG